AUGGCAUUGCAUAUAGUGAAAAGCACUACUCACAUGGUCAAGGCCUAUAUAGGAUUGAAAGAAAUUCCAAAGGAAGAAUUCUGGACCUAUCAUCUAGAGAAAGUCUUUUUACAAUAUAACUGUAUACAGGAAAUCCCAUAUGGCAUAUCGCCAAAUUGCCCUAAACUUACGAGGCUAUCCUUAAAUAACAAUGCCCUUUUGGAAGCCAUCGAUGAAUCUUUCUUCACGCAUCUAAAGGGGUUAAAGGUUCUAGAUCUCAGCAACACUGCAAUCACAAAAUUACCAGACCCUAUCACUCACUUGGAGAGCUUGGAAGCACUGUUACUUCGACAGUGUAUGAAAUUAUAUUUUAUACCUAGUGUACGAAAGUUGGGAUCCCUAAAAAAGUUGGACCUGAAUGGGUGUGCAAUGCUCGAAGAAGUGCCAAAGGGGAUGGAGAUGUUGGUAAAAUUGACGUACCUUGACCUGGUUCACACAAUGAUCAAAACAUUACCAGAAGGAGUGUUGCGGAAUCUGGUGAACUUACAAUAUCUUGCAAGUCAAUUGUUGAGGGUAGGGGAAGAGGGAAAAUUAAAAAGGGUGGAAAGACUCUAUUGCGCUGCUCCAAAUGUUGAAGUAUUGAAUGAAUGGGUGAGGUUUCUUGAGCAAAACAGCUCCCAAUGUUAUCAACUGAAGUUGAAUGUGUCAACAUACGACCGCUUUAGGCAUCCUAGCGAGAGGAGUAUAAUAAUCAAAAGUUGCCACAGUAUUGCAGCAAGGGUAGACGGAGAAAUUAGUAGGGAUGGCCAUGCUCUACUUCCGAAAAAUGUGGAAGUACUAAAAGUUGGACAAUGCGGUGGGCUGACUAGCUUGUGCAAGGUAGGCCCACUUGAGAAUCUGGAGGAGCUAGAGAUAGAGGAAUGGGAUAAGUUGGAGGAGUUGGGUGCUAUCAACUUCCCUCACCUACGAGAACUGAAGAUCAUUAGGUGUUCUAGGCUAAAGCAUCUCUUUGAGGAGAUGCAGGGGCUUCCAUGCCUACAAUGGUUUGAAAUCCAGGACUCAGAGGAACUAGAGGGGAUCAAUAUAGCGGCACCUAGUCUCGAAGAUAUUGUUGUAAAUAAGUGUCCUAAAAUGAAGAGAGUGGUGGAAUGGGAGUGGCUGGCCACUCACCUUCCAAAUCUGAUGCUCAUUAAAAUACUUGAUUGUGAGAAAUUAGAGGAGAUAAUAGGUGGGCCAGUGCCAAGUGGUGCCACUUGUCUUCUUACGAAGUUUAUAAUAAAUGGAUGCAACAAUGUGAGGGUGCUACUAAGGCAUGACAUGUUGCUCCACCUCCCUCUCCUCCAAAAAAUCACAGUCGAACAAUGCAAGGGAGUAGAAAUGAUAAUAGGUCAUGUUCCCAACAUGACGCACUCCUCCGUCCCAAACUUAACAGACCUAUCUUUAUAUGAUCUUCCGGAACUAAAGAGCAUAUGUGAUGGGACUGUGAGUUGUGUUUCAAUCCAACAUAUUGGGAUAUUUAAAUGUCCAAAGCUCAAGAGGAUUUCUUUGCGACUGCCCCAACUUGACAAUGGCCUCCCUACUCUUCCUCGCUCUCUUAAACAGAUUUUGUUGGAUCAGCAAACGUGGGAGUCAUUGGACUGGGACCCUACCCUUUCCCAUGCUGCACGUCAACUUCGUCAAGUUACAUCGUAA